CUAUCUUGAAACAAUCAGCGCAAUGUUAUCGACUUCUCUCUCGAAUUUUUAUAUUACCAACUCAACGUUCUUUGCGAACAUUUUUACGUAGAAUCCCAUUAAAGCCUGGUGUCAAUAAUGUUAUUAUUAAUUAUAUGAAAGAAGAAGGUGAAAAAAUGACCAGGAAUGCCAGGACAAACAAGUUCGCCGAUUAUGUUUUGGUCUUCAUUCUACGAGGAGUUGAAAGAAAUUGUAUGAUGCCGCUUACUUACAAUUUUUGUAAGUCAAGUACAAGUGCUAACCAAUUGGCCAGAUGCAUCGAAGAAAUUGUACAAGCUGUUACAAAUUCUGGAUUUAAGAUCGUUGCCACUGUUUGUGACCAAGGCGCAACAAAUGUAUCCUGCAUCAAUACUUUGCUGAGAGAAACCAGAAGAAAAUAUUUCAGUGAAAAGACACAGUUUACUGGGAAAAUUCAGACGUAUGGACAGCAUAUAAUUCUACUUUACAAUCCUCCGCAUCUAAUUAAAGGAAUUCACAACAACUUUUUAACCAAAAAUAUCGAAGUGUUUUUCACAAACUGUACUGAUAGAGGCAGAAGAAACGACGAAUUUUAUGAAAAAAUGAAAAAAUUUCUCAUCACACCGGAUUUUAUUGAAGAAAUUAACGAAAAGCUUAAAAUUGUUGACGAUGAAAAGGAAGAAAAAUUAAAAGAUCCGGAAGAGUUGCAAGAAGAAAACAAAUAUUUUGCUUCCUGGGAUAUUCUGGAUUCAGCCUACGACAUAGACACCAAGGUCAUGCACAACAUUCAGAAGCAGAUGCCCCAAUUAAAUGAUGGACAUAUUAGGAAAAAUAUGCAACUCGCAACUCAAGUGCUUAGCCGAUCAGUGGCUGUAUUUAUUAGAUUCCUCACUAAUAUAGAAGUCAAUGGAGAAACGCAACAACCUAAAAAAGAGAGAAACGCUCUACGCAGAGAAGUCACUCACAAUUCAAUACAUACUUCUUUCUGGAAGGAAGCUGUAAUUUCGAUGAAAAAUAACAUCAGAUUCAUCAAUCCAGUGGCGAACAUACCGAAGGCUGUUCCAUCUCUUCGAAACUGGAUAGUAACCUUAAAUGGUUUUCAACGUUUGUGGCAAACACUGCAACAGCUUGGGUUUAACAAGUUCUCUCCUCUUCAUGUAAAUCAAGAUGCAAUUGAAAAUUUUUUCGGCAUGAUAAGAAGGAGAAACGUCAAUCCAACCUGUAUGCAGCUUGAAAGUUCCUUCAAAACUCUUCUUAUCAAUAAUUUAACAUCUGCGAAAACAAUUAAAGGAAACUGUAUGAACGAUAACACGGAAAUUCUCUUUUCGCUUCGAAACUUCGCCUUAUUAGCUCAGAAGCACGGUAGUUAA